AGUAGCUCGCUGGCCUCAGUGCGAGGCAGACGUGUACUGCUCUUACCGUGUCGCCGCCCAAGCCGCGCGAGCCCUCGCACCCCACCACCACGCCUCGCACCCCACAACCCUUACCUAGCCACUCUCGUACUCGUAUGAACUUUUGAAAUCUUUUCGAUAUAUUUUGAAGUGUGUUAAUGAACUAUUAUAUCCGGUGAUGAUAGAGAGGUGUGUACUAGCGGAGGUGUUGGUGAAGAGAGAACACAGACUUGUGACCGCCACCAAAUUUGUGUUCAGGAGUUAGUGCGCCAAAGUUUAUACAAGCCUCGCCGUUUACCACAUCAUUAAUUUUCCUUGGAACGGACUUCAACAAACAAGAAAUUGAUGAAGAUUAAUAUUUAUCUUCCCCCAAGCUGAAAAUUUGUCUUGGAGGAGUAUUGAAGACCGGCGUUGUUCCCAUAAUCUUCCUCAUGUUAGCACUGGAAACUCCCAUGGAUCUUUUUCACCAGCAGCAACAUCAGCAGCUGGCGGAGUUGGGUCGAAAACAGCUGGAGCAGAUCCUGCAGCAGCUUCAGGAGCAGCUGCAGGUCAACCUUAUACAACAGACGCAGCUUAUGCAGACGCCGGACAAGAGUAAAGUAUCAACACCUCUUGCACAGCUUGGGGCGCAACAGCAACAACUCGUGCAGCAGCUACAGGCAGUGCAGAGACAGUACCUUCUACAAUCCGGCCUGCAUCCGGGCCUACACCACCACAAUGGCGAAACAAGAUCUCCGCCCGGCGCGCCAGGUGACAGCAGCUCAUGGAAGGACAGAGGCGAGCGUUCCGAUACGCCCUCACCUCACCACCACCACCACAACAACAAUAUUAAUAAUAAUAACAACAACAACAACGAUCGGGACCAGAAACCUAUGCUUCCGCCCUCCGCUAACGGACGCGAGAUGAACGGUCUGGGCAGCGAGGAGGAAGAGGCCAGCAUUCGGCGUGGCCACCCUCUCUAUGGCCACGGUGUGUGCAAGUGGCCUGGCUGCGAGGCCAUCUGUGACGACAUUCACGCCUUCCACAAGCACCUCAAUACAGAACAUACGCUGGACGACCGGUCGACGGCUCAAGCCAGGGUACAGAUGCAGGUGGUCAGCCAGCUAGAGCGUCAGCUUACCAAGGAGAGAGAUCGACUGCAGGCGAUGAUGAACCAUUUGCAUAUGAACAAACAACAACAGCAGCAGCAACAACAACAGCAACAACAACAACAGCAGCAGCAGCAGCAACAACAACAACAACAAUCUCAAUCUCACCACCCACCACCUCGAGUUUCCUCUCCGGAACCUCUUCCACAUCAACCCAAACCCCUUAUCGAACCUCCCUCACAGUAUCCUUCUCGUUCACAGAGUCCUGGUUGUAUAUUGCCGAAGCUGCCAAUGAGUGCCAGCUUAUUGGGCAGUGGUGUAUUGGGUGCCAAUCCCCUUGGCCUCCCACACUCACCUAUGGGACAGAUGCCUCCAGUCUCUUUGUUCAGAUACUUUUCUGUCUACAGUGCAAUAGGUUCUCGGCCUCCACCCAUACUUCAGCCGCCUACCCCAACUAGCUGUGGUCCUCUCCGGCGAAGGUUGACUGACAAAGCAGCCCUCCUCACCCCAGGGCCGCUAGAGGACUCCCAAGUGAAUAGACGCCGCCUGGCAGACCGCGCUGCUUUAGACGUUAAUGAAGGUCUUUCAUAUAUGUUAGAUCGAGCAGGAUUGGAUAUACAACAAGAAAUACAAAGGAACCGAGAGUUCUACAAGAACACAGAGGUCCGGCCGCCAUUCACCUAUGCUUCACUUAUCAGACAGGCUAUCAUAGAAGCUCCAGAUAAGCAGCUGACUCUGAAUGAAAUAUACAAUUGGUUCCAAAAUACCUUCGCGUACUUCAGACGCAAUGCUGCUACAUGGAAGAAUGCGAUCCGCACCAACCUCUCGCUGCACAAGUGCUUUGUGCGCUAUGAGGACGACUUUGGCUCAUUCUGGAUGGUAGACGACGCAGAGUUUGUGAAGCGACGUCACCUGUCCCGCGGCCGCCCCCGGAAAUACGAACCCAACACCCCACCACCACCUCACCAAACCCUCCACCCAGGGCUUCUGCAAACCCAAGGGGUCCCCAUGGCCUUCCAUGCGGCAUUCCCGCCCCUGUCAGGGCCGCUCCCGCCCCCACAGGGUGUGCCAAGCAAGAGUCCAACAUUAACUGGGAGCCCGACCCUCUAUGGCGAGGCCCUUAACGCUAGCCUCCAGGCUGCUCUGGCAGACUCAAACCUUCCAAUGCUGAACACUGCCUUCAGUAUCUCCUCCAGCAUGGAGAAAAGUGGUUCUCCACCCAUUUCCUAUCAUGAGAGUAUGAUGCGCCAUGAAGAGGAAGAAGAACUCCCAAUUAGAGAGCGUGAGGAUGAGCAGGAAGAAUCCUACCCAUCACAACUUGUCAAGCAAGAGAUGACAGAAGAAGAGACUCCAAUGGAAACCCAAAGGGAAUGUGAGGAAGAAGCCCAUCCAGCCUCUCCAAUGUCACAUUAUCGCCAUUACUCUGGAAUAGAGGAAGACCGACCUCAGUCUCGUAGCCCUGUACCACCAAGUCCUGUAUCCCAAGCCCCUCCACCACCUGUGUCCCACGCAGUGCCCCACGUGCCAACAACGAUUGGCCUUCCUCCACCCCUUCAGCUAUUGCAUGAUGCACAUAUGCGACAAGGACCCCCUCUAGAAGGCUAGUGAUGUAGGGCAUGAAAAAGGAGUAUUGUUUACCUCCGAGUGAUUUAACGCUUGAAAAAGCCUACUUUUCAUACUGCCAUCUUCCUCGGACAUGCCAGCAAGCGGCUGGCUAUAAAAUGAGACACACAUCCAAAUAAUGGAUGUUAUUUUAACUGGUAUCCCUUAUUUAGAUAUUGCAUUAUCUGAAUUUCUUAACAUUGAAGCACUGGCUUGUGUAUGUGACACAGGGAAACCUGUAGGAAAGGAUGGAAGAAUUUGUUAUUUUUGCACUGAUGGAAUUAGACUUUCUAUUAGAUUAAUUGUUUCAUAUCAGACUAGUCUUACCUAAGGCACUGUCGUCGGUCGUGGCACAAGUGUUUAUAUUCUCGGUGAUGGACAGAUAUUGUUUUGUACAGAAGGUUUAGACAAGGAUGUGAUCGCUUACUGUAGUAAGUGUAGAGUUACAGGACUACAGUGCAGGCAGAGAGAGUGAUACUCUUGCCGCACUUAGUGUAGAAUAGCCUAAGGCUACAGAUGGUACAGCAGCCACCUGUAUACCAUUCCUAGAUGGGUCUACAAGAUCCUACUGUGCUUUUCUAGCCCCUGUUUCCUGUCAACCCUAGCCCAGUAGAUAGUUCAUAUGCUUGCGUCUCUGAUAAGUUCAGUCAAGGUAAUUUAUGCAAUUCUUGACUGAUUAGGACUAGGCACUGAAUUUUAUAUAUUUAACGUAGAGACAUCUAUCAAAAAUGUAAGAUUUUUACAAGUGCCAUAUUGAAUUCUAUGUGAGCUUUUAUUAAUAUAACUUAACCAGUGAAAUUUGAUCUCAAUCUUAUAUGAUAGCUCUUCCAUGACAAUGACAUAACAGAGGUGCACAUUUCAUAAGGCAGCAAACUAAGCUGUCAAGUUACUGUAUAUUUCUUUCUCACAAAUUUUACAACUUUAGCAAUGCUGUUGCUAAGAUAAUGACACAAGCCUCAGUUUCUUUUACACAUCACUAGGGAAUGUGCUUUUUUUACCUACUAAAGGAUAUUAAAUCAUUGCUGUUCAUCUUCAUUGCAAAUGCACAAUUUUUCUGACGCAGUAGUCCUGUACCUCAAGUAAACCCACCUAUUUACAUUAUUUAUUUGUUAUUUAUAUUGUAGAAUAAGUGGGGUUAGGACAGCACAGAAAUGAGAUCCUUAGUAGUGUAGUAAUUUAGUAUAAAAUUAGAAUUAGACAGCCAUCCCAAACCUAGUAACCUGGGAGAGAUGUGAUUGAUGUAGUAGUCUGAAUUAUUUUGUUGGGGUUCAGUUCUUGUAAAGGACUACAGUCAUUAAUGUUAAAAAUUAUCCAUGAAACAGCAGAUGUCGUAAUAUUUGCUUUCCAACAGAGAGUUCAUAUGUGUAUGCAAGAUAAAUAUUUUCAGUUGAAUCUAACAUAUAAUACUUUUCCAGCUAAUGUAUAAAAACAAUUUCCCACAGGUUUUAUGCCCUUAAGUGUAUACUAAAAAAAAAGAGAAAAAAUGGGAAGUUCAUGAAGCUCAACCAAUUUUUUUAUGUGGACAGAACUUUGUUAUUCUCCUUUUAUAGACAAAUAUGGCAUGGUGUUUAUGACAAGCUGUUAGAAAUUACAAAAAAAAAAUAAUUGCAAUAACUAGGAUGGUCUCAACACUGUAUACACCCUUCUCCAAAGUACAUUCACUGGGCUUGGUUAGUAGGAACUGCAUAGAAUGGACCACUGUAGUAUAAAGCAUUGUUAAAAAUGCUACUUAUAAUACAUACUCAAGCAUAUGUAUUGCAUUACCAUUGUAGGUUAGCCUUGCUGUGUUAGGGAGUCAGGACUAUGGUGGGGUAGGUUCACAAUGUAGUAAGUAAUUUUAUAAUAUUUAUUUUUCAGUUUGGUUUACUUGUUGUUAUUUGAAUACGUAAGUGUGUCCUGUGUAGCUGAAGUGUCUGUUUACAUUCUUUGGUUGUAUAUUAACUUCCCGACCAGUGUAGCUACAGGUUAGGACCAUGAUUAAGGCCCCAUUAUAGUUCUGUUUCCUAAAUCGCCAUAUGUCCCUGUUGGUCGCAAGUCACAAGGUAGUAGAUGAGCUUCUAGUAGAACAUUCCCUUUGGGCAAGGUUAAGCCCAGUCCCUGAGCAAUAACUGUCUAUUGUAUGACUGUAUUAUCAUGAACAAACCUCCCUCCCUGUCUCCCAUUUGCAAUCUCCAACUGCUGUCACUGACUGGCUCUCUGUAAGAUAGUUUAUUAGAAGUGCUUUGAGUUACUGAAGUUCCAGCAUAUGUUUAUACCCUGAAACAGAAAAGGUUGUCUUGACUUGCAGAGGGCCAGAGAUGUGAGCACAGAUGAGGCCCUAAAUCCACAGACCAUAGUUUACUUUUUGAACAAGAUUAAAUAUCUAAUUGUACAGUAACCUUGGAAAAUAUGUGCAUUUUGUAGCACUAAGGAAAAGUUGAGGAGAUGGUUUAUUACAGCGUUUUCUAAUAAAAUAUGAGAUUAAAGUACUGUAUUCCAAAUUUUAUAGCUUAAAAUACCUCAGUCAUUGAUGAUGCAUUUCCAAAUGUAAGUCCAAAGAUAUUCUUAUAUGUCUGCUUGUAUUGAGGGCCUCCUGUAAAUAGAAUUACACAUGUGUAACAUGAAAACCAUAUUCAAGCAAUAGAAAGUUGAUAUAAGCAAAUCAUCUUUUUGAAAAGAAAAUUUGCUUGUUGGAAAACUAACUAGGGCUUGAUUAGUGAUCAUGUUAUAGAUAUAUGCCGGGUCAGAGGACUGGUCACGUACAAGUGUACAGAAUUUUAAGUUACAGGUGUUGCAACCAAACUUUUGUUCAUACUGUAAAUUCAACAAGAAUGACACAUUUGUGUGUGUCAACUCAGUAAUCUUAUUAUUCAGAUUUAGUCCAGAGAUCUAUAGAAGAAAACAUGUCCUCAACUCUAUAUUUAUAUGGCAAGUGCUUUGUAUGCCAGACAUGUUCAUUAAUGAAAAAAAAUUAGUGUGUUUUGAUAUUCAAUGCAUAAGUGACAUUUUUUGUCAUUUAUAGCCUCAUUCCUGACGAGAUGAAAUGAAAGGUCUCCAUUGUCCACACCCAUGGAGAUGUGUGAGUUAUGGUAGCGUUUGGUAAUGGUCAUGGUCAUGUUUUCAAUAGCAUUCAUGUUUGAAGAAUAAAUCAGUUCAUAACAUACAUGUCAAUCAUGCAUUUAUAUAUUUUUUGUGAGAUCUAAAUCGGUCAGUUUUUAACUUAAAUUUUCAAAAAUGGCUUUAAUUUGUGAGCUCCCAUUUUAAUAAUCACUUUGCUUUGCUCAUUAAUGGUUGCUUACCAGUUCCUAAUUAUGUUAUGAAAAACAUUCACAGAGGGAGUCAUAAAUUUUGUUGUCACAAACAAGACUUAACUGUGAUGCAUGUACAGCCAUAGUUUAGCAGCUACAGGACAAACUUGUACAGUAAUAAAUAUUUCAUGUGAAAAUUUUCAACCAAGAAAAUAGGACUUCUGUCAUGGAGGUUUUCUUUACCAUAAGGACUUUUAUUUGUCAACUAAUAGAAUUCUCUUUCAAAUUUCAUGCAUCCAGUAAAGUUGAAAGUAAUUCAAAUCUAUAAUAAUCCAGAAGAAAGAGCAUCACUUUAUACUUUGUGACAAAGAAUUAUGGGAAUUUUCCCUUACAGCUCCUGAUGGAAGAACAGGAAAGCCAAGACCAAUAUGUGAUAUAAGGAAUUUUGUCCAAAAGUGUGUUGGUCUCAGUGGAGUAUCUGUCUGCAAAUGUAGUUUAUUUCAGUGAUAAGUUGAAACACUGUACACCCCACAUGUAAAGCCCCUACAGAGCAAGUAAAGUCAUUAGAGUA